CAUGUAGACAAUCUGGCAGCCAUGGUUCUCUCUCCUUCUUCCUCCUUACCACACCAACCCUCGAACCUUUCUUGAUGUGUAGGGCACACGUACGUGGACCAUUUAGCAACUACGUUCUGUGCGUGCGAGAAGUGCUUUUUGAAACGCAAUAGGCCAGUUCAGUUGUAGGGCAUGCUCCACAGCGGUAUGUAUGUGCACAUCAUGUGCUUGUAUAGUUGUUUCCACGCUUAUACAUAGCGAAUGAGAGGACGAGUUCACACACACAACCAAUCAGAUGUGCUUGUACGGCCCCUGUUUGACAUUUGUACAAAAGUCAAUGAAAAAGGCACAGCUCUCUCUCCUCUCCUCUCACACCCUCCAAAUCCAUCAUACCCCUUCCCUCCUCUCUAAAACCACUCUCUCUUUUUGUUUCAAAAAAUGCAAUGCCCUUUGCUUUUUUCUUCUUUUUCACUUUCUUUUUGGGUUAAAUUAAUAUAAAAUAUCAAUAUAAAUAAUUAACAAUUUACCAAGUCAGUGCUCCCCCAUUUCCUCUCACUACAAUCUAUCUAUUUCCAUGUCUAUGUCUAAGUCUCUGUUUGUGUCUGCGUCUCUCUCCUCCCCCUAGAUUUUACUUCCCAUCCAAAAGUCAGCGCCGUCCUUUGUGCCUCUCUUUCCUUCUCCAUGUCUUUCAUUUACCCAACUGCUUCCUCAAGAUUGGCCUAAAACAGUACAAGCAGCAGCAAAAGAACACAGAAAUAAGAUUAGGACUGGUGGGUUUGGUGAGAGUUUCAAGAAAUGGCAGAUGAUUGGGAUCUUUACGCUGUGGUGAGGAGUUGCAAAUCAGCCACCCACGCCACCACCACUAACACUUCCGCCGCCGGCGCACCCACAAAUCCCAUUACCCCACCCUCCGCGGAGGAAGAAUACUCUUUUUGGGAAUGGUUGAAAUCCGAGGAGGAAACUGACCCAUUAUUCUCUUUCCCCAAUCUCCUCGAGCCCAGAGCCAAUGCUUUCCAAGAGCUGCAACAGUUUUACGAACCCCUUUUGCCCAACCCCACCACCACCAACAAUCCCAGCACUAACAACAACACCUUUGUUCCUCCUAUUAUUCCAAAUUCCCCCAUUAUUUCUGACUUUGGAGGAUCUGCCAGUAGUGGCCAACAUCACCUACAACAGCAACAGCAUCAUUUUCUGCCAACCAACACCCCCGCGAGCCCUCAUUUCAACCCUGCCAUCUUUCCUCCUGGUUUUGGAGAAUUCCAUGGCCAACAACAGCCGCUUCUGCUACCCAAACCAGAGACUCAAAUUCUACCCCAACAGCUCCCAACGCAGCAGGGUUUUAUGAGGCCUCGGGCCAUGGUUCCCGCUCUUCCUCCUCCUCUUCCUCGUGCACCAUUCACCAUGCCAAUCAACUCCCCCCGGCCAAGAAAAAGGAAGUGUCAGCAGAAAAGACAGGUUUGUCAAGUAAGCGCAGAGAAUCUCUCCGCCGAUUUAUGGGCAUGGCGUAAGUACGGCCAAAAACCUAUCAAGGGUUCUCCUCAUCCAAGGAACUAUUACCGCUGCAGUAGCUCCAAAGGAUGUUCAGCGAGAAAACAAGUGGAGCGGAGCACGGCGGACCCCAACAUCUUCGUCGUCACAUACACAGGCGACCAUACUCACCCUCGUCCAACGCAUCGAAACUCCCUUGCUGGCAGCACCAGAAACAAGUUAUCAGCGAUGGCGGGUCAAAACCAGCCCAUCAACAAUGACUCCGGUUCACCACCAGCCCAAGCUGAUCAAGACGUUGUUGCCAAUAACGUCAAUUCUGACAAUUCACUUGACAAAGAAAAUGAGGAACUUGAUGAGGAUGAGGAGGAAAGGGAUGAGAACGAGAUCGAGGACGAGGACGUGGAGGAGGACGAUGUUCUGAUCCCGAACACAGCCAUGUCGGAUGAGAUAUUCUUGGGGCUGAAGCAAUUGGGUUGUACUAGUAGUGGUACCGAGGGUUCUCUGGCGGCAGGUGCUUCUGGUGAUACUUCGGAUCAAGAGCCGUCAAGUUUGGGGUCUUCUUGGGCUGCUGCUAAUCGUUCCUCUGCUGCCGGAGCCACCGUUGGCGGAGGCCGCUAGAGCAGACAAGUUACCGUUUGCGAAGGCUGAUAGGUUUUUGGUUUAAUCUUUUCUUACCGUGUUGGUUCUAUGAGAGAGAGGGGCGGGAGGGAUUCUUAUUAAAUUGUAUGUAAAUAGAUAUAGAAAAGAGUCCCUUCCUUCUUCAGCCUACAGGGAGUUUUCAGCUUUAUUUUUCUCUUGUUGUAAAUUGCGCAUAUAGAAGGUUUCUUUUUAAGGCUAAUUUGUUGCGGUGAUUGACAAAGAAAACUGUUUAUAACGAAUUUACGGACUUAUACCCUUUUCAUGUUAAACUUAUAUAUAUGUGGAGGAGGGAUGUGAUUAGUAA